AUGCGUUUGAAUCCCCGAUUAGCCCUCUCGCUGGGGCUGGUCUUACUCACCACCUCAGCAACAGCCGCGGUCGAUCUCUCGCAAUAUGUGAACCCGUUCAUCGGCUCUGAAGGUCCAGAUGGGACGGGUGCAGGGGGAGGAGAUAUUUUCGUUGGUGGUGCGCGCCCAUUUGGUGUCGCGAAGGUCGGUAUAGAUUCGACGGCUGUCAAUUGGAGUACCGCGGUGUUGAAUGGUGGGUGGACGCCUGACGGAAAUGUGACGGGUAUUAGCAUGAUGCAUGAGAGUGGGACUGGGGGGGCGCCGAAGUAUGGGUUGAUCGCUCAGAUGCCGUUGACUUCGGUUGGUUCGCCUGUCAACAUUCUGGACAAUCAGACUUAUAGCCAGCCGAGGGUUGGACAUGAUGAGGCGAGUGUGGGAUAUUAUAAAACUGAACUGAAAAGUGGAGUGACGGUUGAGUUGUCUGCUUCGCGUCACGCGGGAAUCAUGGAAUAUACAUUCCCGGAUGGAGAGAAGCAUGUCCUGGUUGACGUGUCUCAUUAUCUACCUGGAAGCCCAGGUGACUCAGGAAGCCAGUUCUAUGUCGGUGGAGAGAUUGAAAUCGAGGAUGACGGAAAAGCAUAUACUGGAUAUGGAACUUACAUCGGCGGAUGGAAUAACGGUGCACCAUUCACAGUCUUCUUCUACGGGGAGUUCUCCGAAGCCCCAGACCAGGCCCGUACCUUUUCCGGUGUCAACACAGACCCGAUUCCCAAGUAUCAAAACCUGGCAAACGGCGGCAUAAGUCAGCCAAUAUAUAGCAACCAGACCACAAAGGCUGUUUCAGGACCAAUGAACCAGCGGAUCGGUGCUCUGAUGACCUGGAAAUCAGGGUCUGCCUCCCGUGUUGUCUCUCGCGUGGGCAUCUCUUCAAUUUCCACCGCCAGAGCUCGGUCCUACCUCGAAAAGGAGAUCCCAUCGUGGACGCUGAAUGACACCGUAGCCGAAGCCGUCAAGGAGUGGAACGAUGAUGUCUUCAACAAGAUCCAGGUCCCACUAGAUGAUUCAGCGAAUAUGACACACGUCAGACUGCUAUACAGCUCUCUAUACUUUACUCACCUGAUGCCCUCCGACCGUUCUGGCGAGAAUCCAUUGUGGGAUUCUGACGAGCCAUAUUGGGACGACUUUUACACCAUGUGGGAUAUCUUCCGCUGCACGGUCAGCUUCUAUCACAUCUUCCAACCAGAGUACUACGAGUCCAUGAUCCGGGGUCUUAUUGAUAUCUGGAGACAUGCAGGAUACAUGCCAGACGGCCGAUCCGGAAACUACAAUGGUCUCGUCCAAGGUGGAUCAGAUGCCGAUAACGUCCUGGCUGAUGCAUACGUAAAAGGUCUCCGAGGAUCAAUCAAUUGGACGGAUGGAUAUGCCGCAAUGGUCAAAGACGCAGAGGUGACGCCGUACAACACAUUUGAUCCUACAGAUUUCACUGCAAGCACGAAAGAAGGUCGUGGUGCGCUGGAUGAUUGGAAAGAACUCGGCUAUGUGUCGCAGGAUCGCAACACGCGCUGCAUCUCACGGACUGUGGAGUAUAGUUUGAAUGAUUUUGCGCUCAGUCAGGUUGCUAAAGGGGAGAUGCAGGGUGAUGUUCAAAAAUAUCUGAAUCGUUCUGCGGGAUGGCAGAGAAUUUGGGAUUCGGGUGUGGAGAGCUUGAACUUUACGGGAUUUCUGGCACCCAAAUUCUCGGAUGGGACUUUCAAUAGCUCGGGCUACGAUCCGCGGUUGUGUUAUGGGUGCGAGUGGUCUAGUUAUACUUAUGAGGGUGUUCCAUGGGAAUACUCGUUCGUCAUUCCUCACGAUGUUGAGACUCUCAUUAAACUUAUGGGAGGAGCGGAGACGUUCGAUGCACGGCUUGAUAUGAUGUUUAAACCAAACAUGUCCAUUCAAAAUCUUGGUGAUAAUGGGGCUGGCAUUACCACAUUGAUGAAUAUCGGAAACGAGCCCGACUUUGCUACACCCUAUCUGUACAACUAUAUUAACAAGCAACACAAGUCUGUCGCACAGUCACGCAGCCUGGCCAACGAAUACUUCAAGGAUGCCUACUACGGCAUACCCGGCAACAGCGAUGCGGGGGCGAUGAAUUCCUGGCUCCUGUGGCAAAUGCUGGGCAUCUAUCCAAUCGUCACACAGCCCGUGUACCUACUGUCGUCACCCUGGUUCCCGGAUUUGAACAUGACCAUCAACGGCAACAAAACGCUACGCAUCUCCGCGACUGGGCUGGAUGAAGGAUACUAUGUGCAGAGCGUAAAGAUUAACGGAAAGCAAUGGGAGAAAAACUGGUUCGAGCACGAAGAUGUCAUGGUCAAUGGCGGGAGUAUUGAGUUCGAGCUAGGCAAGGAUGCGAAAACGUGGGAGAGUGGUGAUGUACCACCCUCACCCGGACAUGUGGAAUUGAAUUGA